AACACACUGAGGGCGGGCUGAAUCUGUAGGCUAGUCGUCUCUCUUUCGUUGUCUGCACUCAUUAGAUCUCGUCGCAGAGUUUUGAGAGCUUCAAGUAGAGCGUGACUUAUAAUAACAUCAUGCGAAGGCAAUAGCGAAACUGACAAAAGAUAAUGACAGAGAGAAAAUACGCAGGUCCAGUUCUCUGGCGAGGAAACGGCACAUUGGAUUAAUGCUUUAAUGUAGCGAAUGUUCACACGUGGGCAUUUAUUAUAAUUUUUUAUUUUGUUAAAUACAAGCCUUGCUGAACGGAGCGGGUGCGAGGGGUUGAAUGCAGCCGCGCGAAGCGAACUGUCUACCGCUACAGUUAGUGCUGGAAGCGGUCCAUGGAGGAAGAAGACAGACGUCAUGAUAUUCCACAAAGGAUAACAGGUUGGUGCUGUCAGCGGUCCAUGGAGGAAGAAGACAGAUGUGAUGAUAUUCCACAAAGUAUAACAGGGUGAGAGUUGUGGAACAGGGUGAUGGGAGUCCAGGACUCUCUAUUGCCAGGAUUACGGCAUGUCAUGAAGCAGUCGGCUCAACUUCUGCUGCUGGUUCUAAUGCUCUGGAUGCUGCUUUUCCUUGCUGUCUUUACCUACUUAACUGACUCGAGUUCCCUUUUCAACUCUGAAUCUCAACACUCAACCUAUGUUCAGCAUAGUGCCCAGGCCAUCAUGGCGUCCCAUAAUUCCCGCUGGGGUCUGUAUGCAGAGAGGAGGGGUCCUUUCCAGCGCAGGCAAGUGUUUCAACCUCCUCGCACUAGAGAAGAAUUUCAUUUCAGGAAUUCUGAUGAACGUCCUAAAAAAGUGACUCCUAACAGUAACUACAGUAAUGACUAUUUUUCCAAUGGGUGGUCGCUGGUUCGUGGUCUGUGGAAGGGACAAGUGUCCUCCAAAAUGCUAAGCCAACGACUACGGCGAGCCAUGAGGGACCAUGUUCACUCUAAUAAGCACAAAGUUCUCUACAAAGGCCAACAAAAGACAACCAAGAGUAGACAGGAGAUGCUGUGUGAGAUGAAACAGCAAGCAAAACUCAGGACUCUGGAUGGCUCUGAACAGCCCUUUUCUCACCUAGGUUUUCAACAGCUGGCUCCUUAUAAAUUGCAGCAGAUGUACACAACAUGUGCUGUGGUGACUUCAGCAGGGGCAAUACUUAACUCAUCACUGGGACGUGAAAUUGAUUCCCAUGAUGCAGUGCUGCGUUUCAAUGCUGCACCCUGCAAGGGCUAUGAAAGAGACGUGGGCAGCAAGACAACCAUUCGAAUCAUGAACUCUCAGAUUCUAGCAAACCCCAAACACAAAUUCAACAGCAGUUUGCUCUAUAAGAACAUUACCUUGGUAGCCUGGGAUCCUGCUCCUUAUAACAUUGACCUGCAUAAGUGGUACCAACAUCCAGAUUAUGACCUGUUUACUCCAUACAUAAAUCACAGGAACAAUUUCCCCGAGCAGCCCUUUUAUAUCCUGCAUCCUUCAUUUAUCUGGAAACUCUGGGAUAUUGUGCAAAGCAACACACUGGAGAACAUUCAACCCAACCCUCCUUCCUCAGGAUUUAUAGGUAUAGUUGUGAUGAUGAACUUUUGUGAGGAGGUCCAUGUGUACGAGUACAUUCCUUCCAUGAGACAAACUAAUCUGUGCCAUUACCAUGAGAUGUAUUACGACGCGGCCUGCACAUUUGGGGCAUACCACCCUCUGCUUUACGAGAAACUGCUUGUCAAGCGAAUGAGUACAGCUUCUGAGAAGGACCUCAAGAAAAAGGGAAAGGUCACACUGCCAGGAUUCAGUAACAUCAAGUGUCCACUGUGAUUUACAGACUCAAACGUACAGUCGCAUAAAAAGGUGUACUGGUCUUCAAAACUGUACGAGCCCUUCAAACUUAAACUAACAGACUUUUAUCAUCUAAUAGGAGUUUUACCCAUAGUUCUUGUAACAAACUGAGACAAGACAUUAUAAUGAGGAGGGUAAUUAACCAAUUUCAAAAGUCUGAUCAUCUCAGAUGGUCCUUAUGCUGAAAGACAUUGCAGCUAAGACUCGCAACAGAGUCAAAAAUGGCCUAAUGACCUUAAAAUGACCAAAAUUUUGAGAUUACAUAUGCUGUGUACACAAAACAUGGUUGUGAUGCAGCACAAAAUGAGUUUCAAAAUAAAUUCUCAAUUUGAAUGUUUAAAUAUGGUAAGCUACAUUACGAAAUGAGUCAAAAUGGAAAGAGAUUUCUCUUUUCUGUCUAUCUGAGCUGUUCUCAUAAUAUUUUGUGGUAAUUUGUGAUUAAAUCUCUUGCUGUUGUCAUUGGUUGAAUGACACUUCAAAGCUGUUAAUGUACUAUAAUGUAAUAUAAGCAGGGCCGUUUCUAGCCAAUUUGAUGCUCUAGGCGAAAUCCCUAUU